AGGGGCGGGGCUUCCCUUCCUAGACUUCCGGUGUCGGUAACCUAGAGACAAGGCGCGAGGAGAAGGAACCAGGAAGGCGGGAGGGUGAGCGACGCCCUCACUGAGCUGCAUCAAAAUGGAGGACUAUGAGAUGUUCUGCAAGAGACAGCUUGAUCGGUUCCAAGGAGAGUCGGUGAAGAUAAAAACGUCUCCACUCACUCAUUACAAAAAUAUUUCAUGUAUUAAUUUCUAUGGUGUUCCUGUGCUUUCCCCACUGCUUACUCCUGAGAGAAAAAAGGAACUGCAGCAGGACAGAGAAAAGGCUUUGGAGUUCGAAAUCGGGCUGCACAAUUCCAAGAAAAGGAUUCUCUUAAACCGCAUCCAGGAGAUUGUGGAAAAUGUGCAGAUGAAGAAACUGGCAAAUCGGGAUAGUACCAAUCUGUCUGAUACAGCGAAUGUUCAUUUGGAUUUCGAUUCAAAAGGGUUGAGUGGUUUUGUGACACAAUCGAGCAGCGUUUUGCCAAAUUCCACUCUUCCCAGCGAAUCUGUGGCAGCUACAAAGGCACUCGAGAUUAAGGCAGCAGAUACAGAUGUUGCAUCAAGAGGGCACCUUCUCGAAAGAACUGAAAACGUUACCCCUUUUAGACCAAAGAAUAUUUACUCUGCCCUUUCUGAAAAGAGAACGUGUCCGGAUGGAGCGUUUUCCCAACCAGUAACCCUGUCUCCUUCAAAGGAGACUGAAAAGAAAGAGAGCACUGAAGUGAUAUCGGCUGAUACCGAAAACAGAGACCCUUACAUGAUGAGUCUUCAGAAUCUCCUUAAAAAAUCCAAGGAAUACAUACAGAGAGAACCAACCAGGCGCAGCUUGCGAAGCAAUUCAAGAAGAAGCGGGAGCGAAAGCCAUUCUGACAAAGAAAACGACUCAGUGAAAACAAGUGACUUGGCAAAAGAGAGAAGCAAGUUAACUGGCAGAAGCUGUAUGGGUCUGACACCUGAUAAAUCGACUCUUCCUAAAUCCAGCACUUCUCUGCAGACUUCCUCAGCCGGCAAAACGAAUACAAGUGUAGUAGCAUCAUCCAGUUUCUCUAAAGUGGAUAUACCAAUACGAUCUGGAACACCUCCUGUUGUGGAUUCAGAUUCAGAGGAAGACUUUAAAAAUGCCCUGUUCUUUGAACAUGACAGUAGCAUUUUCCGAAGCUUCACCGGUUCUUAUUCCAAAUUGCCAAGUCCUGAGCCUAGCAUGAGCCCCAAAAUGCACAGAAGACGCCCGAGGCCUUCUUCGGUGGGGCAGAUUGUCAUUACCAACCCUGUGUAUGCCUAUGAGUUAAGCCCUAAAGAAAAGGGACGGGCUGCCGGCUUGGCUACACAAGAGGCUGGUGGCAGGCAAACUGUAGCUGAUUCUAAGCCAAAAUUGGCACCAGACAUGAUUCCUGUUUGUCCCAGCAACAUUCAUGCUUUUCGCAGAUAUUCCUUGGAGAUCUCUGAUGAAUUCAUGGUUGGCAGAUGGAACCAGGUGAGGCCACUAUCGGCCGGUCAGCAAGAAAACAGAAGAUCCCUGGUCAGCGCCACAGUAGAGGGAGAGUUGGCCUUCCAUAGUGAAGAGCUAUCACGUUCUUGCCUUGUGGGAUCUACCCCGCCAGAACUACAUUCAGGUGACCACCCUGUUAUGAGGCAAAACCAAGCCAAUGCCAGCAGCAGUAAGCAAGACAGCCUGUUGGACAAAACCAAAUCCAAUGUGCCUGUGGAACUCAAUAAAUCGUACGAUGUCGAAAACCCAUCUCCUUUACUCAUAUCAACACAGCAGAAGCCACAGGUGGAUGCGUCAGAUGUUUCUUUUACAGACGAGCAGGUAUUCAAUGGUGGCUUGGAAAAGGUGAAACGGAGGCUUGAGCUGGGUGCAAACAACAUGCAGAAGGAAAACAUCACUUGUUCCAUGAUCACAGAAAUAGAUGUGCAAAAGAAGCAAUGGCUCCAUGAUCAGAACAGUUCCUUUGGUACCAAGAAAGAAACACAGGAACGACAUGCCAAUGAAGAAGAGAUUUUAAAACAGAAAAUGUUUGCUUUUGAAGAACUGAAGAAGCAACUUGAAGAGCAGCAUGCUCAGCAACUUUCGCUGCUAAUAGCUGAGCAGGAGAGAGAACAAGAGAGAUUGCAGAAGGAGAUAGCAGAGCAGGAGCGAAGACUGAAAGGCGAGAAGACCGCUGUUGCCGAAAUGGGAAUGGCUGUGCCCACCAGUGGCAUUGACUGGGAGUGGAGGAAGGUCACUGACAUCCACUUGUUGGAAUCUGUGUUCCCUCGAGUGGAAACACUCCAUGGCGCAAACUCAGAGAAUGCUGGCCUCACCAAUGCUGCUGCAACUGGCUCAGUUGCUGAAUCCCCGUUCUACCUCUGGGACCCACCAGCAAGCGGAAAGUCCAUUACAGCAUCCCGGGCUGUCAACAGAAGCAAAAUGAGAUGGUCUCAGGUGUAUAGUCCUGAAAUGAAAAGAAAACUGAACAAGAUCUCUGCUUUGGCAAAGGGAUUCUUAACUCGGAGGCUCUUGCAAACGGAGAAACUGAAGCACCUUCGGCAGACCGUGAAGGACACAAGGGAGUUUAUUAAAAACUUCCAGACAGAAGCUCCAUUGAAGAGAGGAAGUGUUUCAGCUCAAGAUGCCAAUCUGCAGGAACGGGUGGCAGCUCAGCUGCGAGCAGCAUUGUAUGAUAUUCAUGAUAUUUUCUUCACAAUGGAAGUGUCUGAGAAAAUGAGCAUCCUGUAUCACGAUCGAGAGGUUCGCAAGGAAAAGAUGCUUCGCCAGCUGGAUAAAGCCAAGACCCCAAGAGAGAGAGUGACCCUUUCUACAGCUACUCAGAAGUCUCUGGAUAGAAAGAAAUACAUGAAGGCUUCUGAAAUGGGUAUGCCAAACAAAAAGAUGAUUGUGAAGCAAAAAACCCCAGAGAGCAGAGUUCUUCAGCCAAAUCAAGGCCAGAAUGCUCCCAUUCAAAGACUCCUUUCCCGACAAGGAACCCCUAAGGCCUCAGUGAAGGGGGCUGAGCAAAAUAGAAAGAAGCCCUCAGAGAGCAGAGUGUCUAACAAGGUAUUUUCAGGAGCAUAUGCAGGAAAAAUCCAAAGAAAGAAGCCAAAUGCUGUGACAACUUAAGAAGACAGCAUUCGCUUGGAUAAGAGUUUGCUUUCAUUUUUUCUUUCUUUCACAAAUAUCCAGCAUCACCUGCUGAUUAUUUAUAUGUAAAGGCAUUUGAAUGAAAAUAAUAACCGUUUAUUCUGCAUGUUUCCCUCCUCCCGUGAGCGUUGUUUUCCUUUCCCCCAAAAAACAACAUACAUUGCACACUCUUAGGAAGAAUGAUUUCAGAUUUUUAUGCGGAACAUAAAAAAUGGGACAUAUCUUGCAGUACUUAGAAGAUAUGUACAUGCACUUAAAAUGUCAGUUUACAUCAGGCUUGGGCAAACUUUGGCCGUCUAAGUGUUUUGGACUUCAACUCCCAUCAUUCCUAACAGCCUCAGGCUUCUUCCUUUUACCCCUCAGCCGCUUAAGCGGCUGAGGGGUAAAAGGAAGAAGCCUGAGGCUGUUAGGAAUGAUGGGAGUUGAAGUCCAAAACACUUGGAGGGCCAAAGUUUGCCCAUGCCAGUUAGCAAAGCCGUCUCUUGUAAAUAUUAAUAUUUGUCCUUUGUAUUUUUAAAGCACUAACUUUAGUUACUGGAGCAACAAAAGAUGCCUGCUGAUUUCUGGAUAGGAUUACAACAAAGUCCCAUUUCCCUUUCCGAGUGUUUAUCACUCACAUACAAGCCGACUUGUCAUUGUGUUGUCGAAGACUUUCGUGUCCGGAAUCACUGGGUUGCUGUGAGUUUUCGGGGCUGUACGGCCAUCCUCCGGAAGCAUUCUCUCCUGACAUUUUGCCCACACCUAUGGCAGGCAUCCUCAGAGGUUGCAAGGUCUGUUGGAAACUAGGCAAGUGAGGUGUGUGUGUGUGUGUGUGUGUGUGUAUAUAUAUAUAUAUAUAUACACACACACACACACACACAUAUAUAUAUAUAUACACCUCACUUGCCUCACUUGCAUCCUCAGAGGUUGCAAGGUUGUUGGAAACUAGGCAAGUGAGGUGUGUGUGUGUGUGUGUAUGUAUAUAUGUGUGUGUGUGUGUGUGUGUGUGUGUAUAUAUACCUCACUUGCCUCACUUGCAUCCUCAGAGGUUGCAAGGUCUGUUGGAAACCAGGCGAGUGAGGUGUGUGUGUGUGUGUAUGUAUAUAUAUGUGUGUGUGUGUGUGUGUAUAUAUAUAUAUAUAUAACCUCACUUGCCUCACUUGCAUCCUCAGAGGUUGCAAGGUCUGUUGGAAACUAGGCAAGUGAGGUGUGUGUGUGUGUGUAUAUGUAUGUGUGUGUGUGUGUGUGUGUGUGUGUGUGUGUGUAUAUAUAUAUAUAUAUAUAGAACCUCACUUGCAUCCUCAGAGGUUGCAAGGACUGUUGGAAACUAGGCAAGUGAGGUGUGUGUGUGUGUGUGUGUGUAUAUAUAUAUAUAAAACCUCACUUGCAUCCUCAGAAGUUUGCAAGGUCUGUUGGAAACUAGGCAAGUGAAUAUAUAUAUAUAUAUAUACACACACACACACACACACACACACACACACACACACAUAUACAUACACACACAUACAUACAUAUAUACACAUACACACACACACCUCACUUACCUAGUUUCAGUUGCCUAGAUAUAUAUCUGUGGAAUAUUGUAAUGAGUGGGAGAAAGAACACUUGCCUGCUGGAGGAAAGUCUGAAUGUUGCCAUUGGCCAACUUGAUUAGCAUUGAAUAGCCUUGCAGCUUCAAAGCCUGUCUGCUUCCUGUCUGGAGGAAUCCUUUUUUUUUGGGAGGUGUUAACUGGCCCUGGCUGUUUCUUGUUCUUGGGAGUUAACGCCUCCCAACUGAGGAUUCCCCCAGGCAGGAAGCAGCCAGUCUUUGAAGCCGCAAGGCUAUUCGUUGCUAAUCAAGCAAUCAAACACUUGCCUCCAACGGAGAAGAGAUUUUUCCAUCAUUCCACAGUUUUCAACAGACUUCACAACCUCUGACGAUUCCUGCCAUAGAUGUGAGCAAAACGUCAGGAGAGAAUGCUCCCGGGGGAUGGCCAUACAGUCUGGAAAACUCACAGCAACCCAGCUCAGCAAAUCGUGGUUUGUUUGGGAGCCAUAUAUCAGGAGCCUGGGUUUGAGUGUGUCUUAAGAGUUGUGGACAUUGCCUUAUAGAUUAGGAAAAAAAAUAUGCUCAAUUACUUGAUGUGUCAGUGCUAAAAGGCUUGUUUGUUCUGGUGCUGUGCUGUUAAUGUAGGAAUAGAAAAAAAAUGUAAAUUGAAGGAUGUUUUUUUUUUAAAACAAAUACAGACCAGUGAUGACUUUGA